CGCCCCCCCCCCGCCCGCCCCUUCCUGGGCGCCGCCCGCCGUCACGAGGAGGAAGGGAGCCCCCCCCAGCAGCAGCAGGAGGCGGCGGCGGCCCCUCUCUUGCCCUCCCUCUACUCUGCCUGCCCCCGCCAGGACGGAUCGGGGCCGCCCCCCUCCUCCCGCCGCCGCCCCCCGGCGGGGCCCCCCCCCCGCCCGCCAUGGAGCCCCCCGGGCAGGUCAAGGACCGCAUCCUGGAGAACCUCUCGCUCUCCGUCAAGAAGCUGCAGAGCUACUUUGCCGCCUGCGAAGACGAGACGCCGGCCAUCCGGAACCACGACAAAGUCCUGCAGCGGCUCUGUGAGCACCUCGACCACGCGCUGCUCUACGGGCUCCAAGAUCUGCCUUCCGGCUACUGGGUCCUGGUGGUCCACUUCACCCGCAGAGAAGCCAUCGAGCAGAUAGAGGUCUUGGAGCACGUGGCCACCAACCUGGGGCGCAGCCGAGCGUGGCUGUACCUGGCCCUCAACGAGAACUCCCUGGAGAGCUACCUGCGCCUCUUCCAGGAGAACCGGGCUCUGCUGCACAAGUAUUACGUCAAGAAGGCCCUGGUCUGCAGCCACGACCACCUGACGCUCUUCCUCACGCUGGUCUCCGGCCUGGAGUUCAUCCGCUUCGACCUGGACCUGGACGCCCCUUACCUGGACCUGGCCCCCUACAUGCCGGACUACUACAAGCCCCAGUACCUGCUGGACUUCGAGGAGCGCCUGCCCAGCUCGGCCCACGGCUCCGACAGCCUCUCGCUCAACUCCUUCAACUCCGUCACCUCCACCAACCUGGAAUGGGACGACAGCGCCAUCGCCCCCUCCAGCGAGGAUUAUGAUUUUGGAGAUGUCUUUCCUGCAGCGCCAUCCGUGCCAACCGCAGCCUGGGAAGAGGGAGACCUCACGGACACCCUCAGCUGCCCCCGCUCCGUGGCCUCCGAGCUGAGCGGCACCCGGGCCCUGGCCAAGAGCCCCCCGCUGCGCCACAACCCUUUCGACGGGAAGGCGGGGCUGCCGCUGCCCCCUUUCUCCUCCUCCUCCGCCGAGACCACCCCGGUCCACUCGGCCUCCCAGGAGAAGGCGGAGGGCACCGCGGAGGGCACGGACCAGUCGGAGAGCUGCCCGGAGCUGGAGGUCAUCAGGUUGGCCAAAAGGAAGAAGACCGGCAAGAAGAAGAAGGCCAAGGCGGAGGAAGCGGCGCCGGCCGGGACGGGGACCCGCGAGGGCGACGGGGCCGAGCGGCCGGAAUCCGCCCGGGAGGGGCCCCCCCCGCGGGCCCAGCCGCUGCAGCUCCCCGCCCUGGAGGAGGCCUCCCCCUCCCCCUCCCCGGAGCCUCUGGGGCCCGCCCGGAGCCAGGGGGUCAGCAGCCUGCUGGACGGAGAGCGGGAGGCGGCCGGCGGGGCCCCGGAGCAGCUGCCCCCGCAGCCCUUUCGGACGGGCACGCCAGAGGGGGGCCCAGCCUGCGGGGAGCGCCCAGCCUCUGGCGAGGAGGGGGCCGGGCUGGCGGCCCCCAUGGACUUCUACCGCUUUACCCUCGAGAGUCCAAGCACUCCUGCGCCAGGUGGUGGCCACCAUGACCCUGCAGGGGAUGGCCAACCGCCACAUGUUCCUGGUGGCCCUGAAGGUGCUGGACCCGAGGAGGAGGAGGAGGAGGAGGCGGCAGCGGGAGGAAGAGGAGGAGGAGGAGGAGAGGAGGGCCCGGCGGCUGGGCCCCUAACGGACCGCCCGCAGCCCCCGCCAGAGCAGGCCAGCAGCAGCAGCGCGGCCCUCCGCGGCUGCAAGCGGGGCCAGGGCAGCCCCUCCCUCAGCAGCGCCGAGGAGGACUCUGGGGUGGAGGAGGGGCAGGGCAGCCCCUCGGAGGCAGCCCACCCCUCCGAGUUCCGGGUCGACAACAACCACUUGCUGCUUCUGAUGAUCCACGUCUUCCGGGAGAACGAAGAGCAGCUUUUCCGGAUGAUCCGCAUGAGCACUGGGCACAUGGAGGGGACCCUCCAGCUGGUCUACGUGCUGCUGACUGACUGCUACAUCUACCUCAUCCGCAAAGGAGCCGCGGAGAAGCCGUACCUGGUGGAAGAGGCGGUUUCCUACAACGAGCUGGACUACAUCUCUGUAGGGCUGGACCAGCAGACCGUGACUCUGGUCUGCACCAACCGCAGGAAGCAGUUCCUUCUGGACACGGCCGAUGCCACCCUGACCGAGUUUUUCCUAGCCUGUCUGAGGUCAGCGAUGAUCAAAGGCUGCCGCGAGCCCCCCUACCCCAGUAUCCUGACGGAUGCCACGAUGGAGAAGCUGGCGCUGGCCAAAUUUGUAGCCCAGGAGUCCAAGCGGGAGAUCUCGGAGGUGGCCGUCCGCUUCUACGGCCUUGUUCACUGGGAGGACCCCGCGGACGAGACCCCGGGCCCCAGCCCUGCUCCCUACACGGCGGCCGAUCACGCCGUCACCAAGGAGGGCACCCUGACCUACAAGGCCGGCACCCACUACCUGGGCAAGGAGCACUGGAAGCCCUGCUUUGUGGUGCUCAGCCACGGCAUCUUGUACCAGUACCCGGACCAGACCGACGCCACCCCCCUGCUCUCCGUCAACAUGGGAGGGGAGCAGUGUGGCGGGUGCCGGAGGGCGAACACGACAGACCGGCCCCACUCCUUCCAGGUGAUCUUGACCGACCGCCCGUCCCUGGAGCUGAGUGCCGAGAACGAGGAGGAGAUGGCGGACUGGAUGCAGCACCUGUGCCAGGCCGUCUCCAAAGGGGUGGUCCCCCAGGGCGUGGUGCCGGCCCUCUGCGUCCCCUGCUGCCUGGUGGUGACGGAGCAGAAGCUCUUCACCUGCCACGAGGACUGCCAGACCAGCUUCUUCCGCUCCCUGGCCACGGCCGAGCUGACCGACGUGGCUGCCGUCUCCACGGAGGCGGGCCGAGAAUAUUGCAUCCUGGAGUUUGCCAAGGACCGCCAGCAAUACCUGCCCCCCUGGGUCCUCUACUUCAGCUGCCCGGCAGAGGUGGGGCGCUUCCUUUCCGCCCUGGACGCCGUGUGGAAGAGCUUGUACCAGGUCGACCUUCCGUGCAAGGCGGUGGAGGAGGGGAGUGCCGCCAGGAAGAAGUGCGAGGACGCCCUGAGCCUGAUCCGCAGCGCCUGGCAGCGCAGCGACAGCCUCUGCCGCGGCCGGGCCUCCCGGGACCCCUGGUGCUAGCCUGCCGGCCCGGCAGAGAGGAACUCGGUUCUGCGGGGGGCCCGGUCCUCCUGCCAGCGAGAGAGGCGGCCGCUUGCAGUGGGGGGGGGGCUCUUUCGCUUCUGGACGGGGGGCCGCCGCGCAGGGCUGCGGAGGAAGGCGGGG